AUGGCAUUAAAAAAACAUACGACUCGUUUACCUUCUGAUUCCAAUGAGUCAAAUCUAACUCAAAAUCCACAUGCGUUUUUACGUUUAACUAUAUUAAGUUUUCAAGUUUAUAAUAAUAAAUAUGUUGAUUUAAAAGAUGUUAAAACACAAAUUGAACUUAAAGAAAAACAUCGACCUGCACGAGAUAAAACUGAAAAACCAGCACGAAUAAAAUUUCCAAUGUAUAAUGAAAAAGAACAAGGUAUAAUAUUUGACGCUGGUUUACUAGAUAAAAUCAAACGACGAAUGAUUAUACGAAUUCAUGCAAAUAAUGAGACUUAUACAUAUGAGUCAGAUUUAGAUGCAUUAAAAAAAUUAGCUAAUGGACAUCGACAGCGAUUCCACUUUACACCACGAGCACAAGCUGACAUAAUUAUUAAGCAUAAAGAUUCAUUAGGUCGAACAAUUUACAAUGGAAAUAUUAGUCAAGUUGCUAAUCGUUAUGCUGAACGACGACAACAAGUUUAUAAACAUUUUGGUCAUGAAUUUGUACCAAAAAUAUUUAAAUUACCAACAUUUUGCUCUGUUUGUUCAGAUUUUCUUUGGGGAUUUUCUUAUCAAGGUUUUCAAUGUCAACGAUGUGAUUGUGUUGUACAUCAAGGUUGUUAUAGUCGAUUUGCAUGUCCAUGUAAAGGAAAAAAAUAUACUGAACUUAAAAUUGAUGUGGCUCAUCAUUUUGAACAAAAACCAUUUUCUUUAAAACCAGUAUUUUGUGAUCAUUGUGGAAGUUUUAUUCGACCUGGUAAUGCACAAAAAUGUUCAUAUUGUGCAGUGACUAUUCAUCGUCGUUGUAUAUCAAAAGUAGGUAAUUAUUGUGGUUGUGAAGAAAAUGUUUUAGCUUUAUAUGCAAAAUGGAAAGAACAUCAUGAUUAUGAAUCAGAUUAUAAUUAUCAAUAUAAUGGUGAUUUAUAUACGAUUUAUUCAAAUCUUAAUAAUAUUGAUCAACAACAGGAUACACAAAAUGCUAUUGAACGUAUAUCAAAAUGUUAUCGACCGAAUAUAACUUCAGGAUUUGAUGUUAAUCAUUUUAAAUUAAUACGUUCAUUAGGUCAAGGAAUGAAUGGAUCGGUUUAUCUAAUACAAUAUGCUCGAAGUUAUUAUGCAAUGAAAGUACUCCGUAAAAAUGUUGUAUUAGAAGGUCAAGAUUUAUCUUAUGUUAUGUUAGAAAGAGAUAUAUUAAUAAAAAGUCAAUCAAAUCCAUUUAUUGUUCAGCUUAUAUAUGCAUAUCAAAAUGCUGAAAGACUUUUUUUCUUAAUGGAAGUAGCUCGAGGUGGUAAUUUUUACCGUAUUCUUAUAAAACAAGCACCAAGACCAUUUCGUUAUGAACGUAUUGUGUUUCAUGCGGGUGAAAUAGCUUGUGCACUUUCAUUUCUUCAUUCAAUACAAAUUAUUUAUCGUGAUCUUAAACCAGAAAAUGUUCUUGUUUUUCAAGAUGGUCAUAUAAAAUUAGGUGAUUUUGGUUUAUGUAAAAAGAAUAUUGAUCAAUAUCCUCGAGCAACAACAUUUUGUGGUACACCAGAAUAUAUAGCUUAUGAAAUCUAUAAACAUUGUGAAUAUGAUGAAAAUGUUGAUUGGUGGUCAUUAGGUAUAAUGAUAUAUGAAUUAUUUACAUUUAUUACACCAUUUUAUGAUGAUGAAGAACUUCAAAUAGAAGAUAAUGUGCUUUAUAAAGAUGUUUGUUAUCCAGAAACAAUGCCAAUAGAAGCUAAACAGAUUAUAUCUGGUUUACUUGAACGUGAUCCAAAAUGUCGUCUUGGAAAUAAACGUUCACCACAUGGAUUAUUAAAUAAACAACCAUUUUUUAGUCCACCAUAUACGUUGGAUAAUAUUGAACAUCAACGAGUACCUCCACCAUGGACUCCAACUUCAUUGACAUCAUUUGAACCAAAUGGUGAAGAACUACGUCUUUCUGAGCUAGAACAAAAGGAUAAAGUAUUACUUUUAUCAACACCACCAGACACAUUUCGUGGUUUUUCUUAUAUUAACCCUAAUGUUACUACAAGUUUCUAA